AUGGCGCCCACAAACGUGCCACCGCCCCUUGCGGGCAAGAAGAGGAGAAUCGGUGUCAUGACCAGCGGAGGAGACGCGCCUGGCAUGAACGGAGCGGUGCGAGCCGUUGUCCGCAUGGCCAUUCACAACGACUGCGAGGCCUACGCCAUCUACGAAGGCUACGACGGCCUGGUGAAGGGCGGCGACAUGAUCAAGGAGAUGCACUGGGAGGACGUUCGAGGUUUCCUCUCGGAAGGAGGUACCCUCAUUGGCACAGCGCGCUGCAUGGAGUUCAUGCAGCGAGAGGGCCGCCGCACAGCCGCAAAGAACAUGAUCAUCAAGGGCAUCAACGCGCUCAUCAUCUGCGGUGGUGAUGGCUCGCUCACAGGUGCCGACAGGUUCCGCGACGAAUGGCCCAGCCUGCUCGAGGAGCUCAUUGAGCGAAAGGAGCUCACCAAGGAGCAGGUCGAUCCGUUCCGUCACCUCAACAUUGUUGGUCUUGUCGGCUCCAUCGAUAACGAUCUCUCCAUGACCGAUGCCACCAUCGGUUGCUACACAUCACUUGCCCGUAUCUGCGAGGCUAUCGAUUCGGUCGACACCACAGCCGUCAGUCACCAGCGUGCGUUCGUCAUCGAGGUCAUGGGGAGGCACUGCGGUUGGCUCGCUCUUAGCGCCGGUGUAGCAACUGGAGCAGACUUUGUCUUCACACCCGAGAACCCGCCGCACCCAGGCUGGGAGAAGGAGAUGCUGAAGCAGGUCCAGAAGCAGAGGUCCAUGGGCAAGCGCAAGACCAUUGUGGUUGUUGCUGAGGGUGCGAUUGAUCGCGACCUGAAGAAGAUCACCUGCGAACAGGUCAAGGACGUCCUCGCAAAGGAGGGCGGUCUUGACACAAGAAUCACAACACUUGGUCACGUUCAGCGUGGAGGUACCCCAUCUGCGUACGACCGCAUGCUUGCAACCCUGCAGGGUGCUGAGGCUGUCAAGGCAGUCUUGGAGGCUACUCCUGAGACUCCCAGUCCGGUCAUCUGCAUGCAAGAGAACAAGAUUGUUCGCAGAUCUCUGCUAGAGGCUGUUGCUCAGACGAAAGAGGUCGCUGUCGCCAUCGAGAACAAGGACUUCGAGCGUGCCAUGCAGCUUCGUGACACCGAGUUCGCCGAGCAGUACCAAUCCUACCAUAUCACCACAGCAGCAAACCUGCCUGAGCUUCGCCUCCCAGAAGAGAAGCGCAUGCGUGUUGGUAUUAUCCACGUUGGUGCGCCAGCUGGUGGUAUGAACGCUGCCACUCGUGCGGCGGUCGCGUACUGCAUUGCCCGUGGUCACACACCCGUCGCGCUCCACAAUGGAUUCCCAGGUAUCAUUCGCCAUCACUCAGACGAGCCUGUCGGUGCUGUGCGCGACAUUAAGUGGGUUGACGCUGAGACAUGGGCCUCCAAGGGUGGAUCUGAGAUCGGUACCAACCGUGGUCUACCCAGUGAGGACCUCGAGACCACCGCCUUUGUCUUCAAGAAGUACAACAUCCAGUCGCUGUUUGUUGUUGGUGGUUUCGAGGCCUUCACGGCUGUCUCCGAGCUGCGCAAGGCUCGUGAGCACUACAAGGCGUUCAAGAUCCCUAUCGUCAUCGUUCCUGCUACCAUCUCGAACAACGUCCCUGGAACCGAGUACUCCAUUGGCUCAGAUACAUGCUUGAACGCGCUCAUCCAGUACGCCGACGCCUGCCGCCAAUCUGCCUCCGCAUCUCGACGCCGUGUCUUCGUCAUCGAGACUCAGGGUGGUGAGUCUGGUUACAUCGCCACUGUUGCCGGUCUCUCUAUCGGCGCGCUCGCUGUCUACACACCCGAGGACGGCAUCAACCUCAAGAUGCUGGAUCGCGAUAUCGACCACUUGGCCUCAGUGUUCAAGAAGGACAAGGGUGUUUCCCGCUCCGGCAAGGUCAUUCUGGUCAACGAGAAGGCAAGCAAGACAUAUUCCGUCCAGACGAUUGCGCAGAUGAUCGCAGAGGCCGGCAAGGGCAAGUUCGAGUCGAGGCACGGUGUACCCGGUCACUUCCAGCAAGGCACCACACCCUCGCCCAUGGACCGUGUCCGCGCUGUCAGGUUCGCCACCAAGGCCAUGCAGCAUCUUGAGGAGUUUAUCGGCCAGGAUCCUGAGGAGAUCGACGACGACCCUAUGAGCGUCAGUGUUGUCGGUAUCAAGGGUAGCAAGCUGCUGUUCAGCCCCAUGGAGCAGGUCGAGAAGAAGGAGACGGAGUGGCACAGGAGACGCCCCAAGCACGAGUUCUGGAUGGCGCUCAAGGAAACUGUCGACACGCUGUCUGGCCGUCCCCAGGCGCCCAAGAACCCCACACCCAUCGAUACCCUGGCUGGCAGGCCUAGCAGCAGCGGCUAG